GUCCCAAAACUUUUGGCAAUACCUACAUGCCAGUGAAGAUCACAUCAGAGUUGUCCACUUGAGGGCAGUGUGAGACAAACGAUGACGAGCCGUGCUUUUACGUCACAUCCGGCGUCCCUGCCGGUCCGGUGCUAGCGUGUGGAGAUGGCGGACAGCACAGUUACAGUGACAGUUGCUCAUGGAAGCUCCAAACACAGCAUCACACUAACAGGACAGGAUGGAAAUGAGCCCAUACUUAAAGACCUGUCUGAAGCUCUGGCACAAGCCACUGGAGUACCACAAGCUUGCCAGAAAAUCAUAUUUAAAGGGAAAUCCUUGAAGGAAAUGGAGGAAAGUAUAUCCAGCCUCGGAAUAAAGCAAGGAUGUAAACUUAUGAUGAUUGGAAAAAGGAAUAGUCCAGAGGAGGAGGCUGAACUGAAAAAGCUGAAAGACAUUGAGAAGUCUGUGGAGCAAACAGCCAAGAAGCUGGAGAAAGUGCACGGUGAACUGACCGGACUGAAAAAUGGCUUCUUAGCAAAGGAUCUUCAGGCUGAAGCUCUUAAUAAAUUGGACCACCGAGUAAAAGUAGCUGCUGAGCAUUUUAUGAAGAUCCUUGAGGAGAUUGAUGGCGUGACUGUGCCUGAAAAUUUUAGCGACUGUAGGAUGAAGAAAAAAGGACUUGUUAAAACUGUACAGGGAUUCCUUGCUCAGUGCGACAAGAUUGAAGCCAGCAUAUCGGAUCAUCUGGCAAAGAUUCAGAACAAAAACUUAGCCUUGAAUGAAUAACAGAAAGUUAACAACAGCGGUCACAUUUAUAUUUGCUCUGUGAGCGAUUGAGGAACAAUCACACUGAGCUUCAAUACUGGAGCAGGUUCAACAGUGUUUAUUUAUGUAUUCGUCCCUUAAAGGGCAGCUUAAAUCCUGUUGCAGUGAUCUGGAGGUUAAAAGGUGGAUAUUGAUUCGGGAAAAUAAAUGGGUCUACGUUGUUUCUUUAAGAUCAGUGGGUAAGGACUGCACAGGUUGUGUCUUUAAGUAACCAUUUUAAUGACAAGGUAUAUAAAAUGUUUUGCGUGUAUAGGAAUAAGGAACAUAAUUUGGUCAAAAGCUUGCUCCUCAGCAGUGAUUGUCUUUUAAAAUCAAACGUGGAGUGAUGUAUAGUGAUGUAAUAUUGUCUGUACUCAAGAAAGCAUAGAGCGCAGCAACAUACAGUUGCUACUGUAUUGGAUCCUGAGCAGAGGGUAAAUGUUUCAGUUUAAUUAUCCUAAAAAAUCUCUAUGCUUUAAGCCAUUUUGAUGUGGUGUGUGUACGCAACUUGUACUGUGACAUAAUUUAAGAACGCCAUCAACUAAUGUACUGCAAAUGAUGUAACAUCAGACAUUAAUUAUGCCAAAUCACAUCGUCAUGUUUGUGUGAAUUAUUUUGCUGUGGGCAAUAAAAUGUUUGUUCUUUUA